AUGAGUAUCAAAGAAAUUCUUCACACCAACAACGUUUGGAGUGACAAGUAUUUCGCAAUUUCCGUUGGGGCAGUCAUGGUCCUUCUAGCAAUUAAUCACUGGGGAAAUGCAACAUAUCUGAAAUACGGUCCUCGAAAGCCAGGCUCAAUCCUGCAAGGGGACAUACAAUAUCGUCGUCUCAAAUAUGUUGCUAAGCGAUUUGGAUGGAUAUCCGUGGCCAACUUCGUUUUGCUCAUUUUCCUUGCUCUUAAGAACACUCCCUUAGCCCCUUUAUCCGGCCACUCUUAUGAGAAGCUGCGGCCGUUACACAAAACCGCUGGUUACACCUGUUUCUUCACAACAUUUCUUCACGCUUCUGUAUAUUUGAGUUCCUAUGGAAAAUCUAGUAAUCUCGAAAACAUGCGCAAAACCAAAAACAUUGCGGGUGCGGUCGCUGGGUUGGCCAUGGCUAUCCUUGGCUUUUCAACCAUACGCUGGUUGUCCCGAAACUACUAUGAAUUUUUCUAUAUUAUUCACAUUGUCAUGUUUCUUCUGAUCAUUAUCCUGGUCGGAAUGCAUCGACCAGAGUUCAGCAGUUCAACCCUUAAUGGCGCAUACGGCCAAGUCCCUAAUUUCAUGGACUUUGACCGAGUGGUUUUGAUUGCUGGCGGCAAUGGCUCUACUUUCACCUUUUCGAUUGCUCUGAACAUGACCAAAGAAGCGUCUGCUUCCAAUGUUUAUAAAAUGAUUGACUUUAUUUGGGCAGUUAAACGAUCGGAGUCCUUGCAAUGGUUUGAGCAAGAAUUACGUCAACUUCAAGAGACGUCAACUGAUCAUGGUGCUACUGAUGAUGGGGAGAAAGGCAAAGAAGGAAUGACGGACCAGGCUAUUCGAUUGCCUAAUAUCCAACAAGGACGACCAGAUGUUUUCGAUUUAGUUACCUACUGCAUUUCUCAGUGUGGCUUGAAGAGUCGUGUUGGGGUAGGUGCUUGCGGUCCCACGAAAAUGAUCCAGAUGACCCGAAAAGCUGUGUCCCAGGGGACUUAUGAUACUGGACCUUCGCUUACUUUGCAUACUGAAGAGUCUGAAUGGUAA